UACCCAAAGCUAACUAAAGGGCCUUUAGCUAAACAAACAAUAGGCCCAACUCAAUAAAAUAAUAUCUUUCACUACGAACUCCGGUCAUCGUCCCCGACGAACAUAGUUUCCACUCCCGGUAUUGACUUUGAUCAGAUCGUCGCCGGAAAUGGGAAACGCGAGAAUCUUGAUCUUCACUUUGGCGUGUGUAUCAUUACACUCCGUAGUCAAAUCUCUCUCUCACGAACCAGAACUUGGCUCAGCUCGUGUCGUCUUCCAGACUAGUUAUGGAGAUAUCGAAUUUGGAUUCUAUCCCACGGUGGCGCCAGUAACGGUGGAGCACAUCUUCAAGCUAGUUCGUUUAGGUGGAUACAACACUAAUCAUUUCUUCAGGGUUGAUAAAGGUUUCGUUGCUCAAGUUGCGGAUGUGCCAAACGGAAGAUCAGCCCCGAUGAAUGAGGAGCAAAAGAAAGUAGCUUACAAGACUAUUCCUGGAGAGUUCAGUGAUGUUAAACAUGUCAGAGGCAUUCUUUCCAUGGGAAGACAUGAUGAUCCAAACAGUGGUGGAUCUUCAUUCUCGAUGCUUCUUGGUGAUGCUCCUCAUCUUGAUGGCAAGUACGCUGUGUUUGGUAAAGUGACUAGAGGAGAUGAAACAUUGAGGAAGCUUGAAGAAGUUCCCACUCGCCGUGAAGGGAUCUUUGUUAUGCCGACGGAGAGGAUCACCAUUUUGUCGACAUACUAUUACGACACUAAGAUGGAGAGCUGUGAAGAGGAGAGAACUGUCCUGAAAAGAAGGCUUGAAGCAUCUUUUCUUGAGGUGGAAAGACAGAGAAUGAAGUGCUUCCCGUGAAGACCUUUGUUAAGUUAAAAGAACUGUUCAACAAAGAAACGCCGACAUGUAUGUUUCUUUUUUUGCUGUUAAAAAACUCAGGAUGCUAAGACAGAUUCAUUGGUCUUAGAGUGUAACAAGUGUAAAAAAACUGGUUGAGAAACAUUUGAUCAUGGUUUGUUUC